GGGAGCGGCGGGCGCCGCGGUCGGGGCGGGCGCGCGCGGCAGCAUGGAGGAGCUGAGCAGCGUGGGCGAGCAGGUCUUCGCCGCCGAGUGCAUCCUGAGCAAGCGGCUCCGCAAGGGCAAGCUGGAGUACCUGGUCAAGUGGCGCGGCUGGUCCUCCAAACAUAACAGCUGGGAGCCAGAGGAAAAUAUCUUGGACCCAAGGCUGCUCCUGGCCUUCCAGAAGAAGGAACACGAGAAGGAGGUGCAGAACCGGAAGAGAGGCAAGCGACCCAGGGGCCGGCCAAGGAAGCACACGGUGGUGUCCUGUAGCCGGCACUCCAAGCUCAAGGAACCUGACGCGCCCUCCAAAUCCAGCAGCUCCUCUUCUUCCUCCACGUCUUCCUCCACCUCCUCCGAUGAAGAGGACGACAGUGACUUAGACGCCAAGAGGGGUCCCCGGGGCCGCGAGACCCACCCGGUGCCUCAGAAGAAGGCCCAGAUCUUGGUGGCCAAACCCGAAUUGAAGGACCCCAUCCGGAAGAAGCGAGGCCGCAAGCCCCUGCCCCCGGAGCAGAAGGCGGCCCGGAGACCCGUGAGCCUGGCCAAGGUGCUGAAGACCGCCCGGAAGGACCUGGGGGUGCCGGCCAGCAAGCUGCCUCCUCCGCUCAGCGCCCCCGUGGCAGGCCUGGCCGCUCUGAAGGCCCACGCCAAGGAGGCCUGCGGAGGCCCCAGCACCAUGGCCACCCCGGAGAACCUGGCCAGCCUGAUGAAGGGCAUGGCUGGCAGCCCCAGCCGGGGUGGCAUCAGCUGGCAGAGCUCCAUCGUGCACUACAUGAACCGAAUGAGCCAGAACCAGGCCCAGGCCGCCAGCAGACUGGCCCUCAAGGCCCAGACCGCCGGCAAGUGUGGCCUCGGGCUGGACCUUAAGGUGAGGACGCAGAAGGGGGAGCUGGGGAUCAGCUCCCCAGGAAGCAAAGUCCCAAAGGCCCCCAGCAGUGGGGCUGUGGAGCAGAAAGGGGGGAGUGCAGGGGGGCCCCCCUAUGUCCACAGUAGCAGCAAGGGCCCUGCCGGGUGCCUGGGCCCCCAGCCUGCACCCACCCAGGAGCUGAGCCUCCAGGUCUUGGACUUACAGAGUGUCAAGAACGGCACAGCGGGGGUGGGCAUGGUUGCCCGCCAUGCCACAGCCAGCAAGGGUGUCCCUGCCACCUGCCCAGCUGCAGGGAAGAGCGCCGGGGGCGGCCCCGCAGUGGGGAGUGGGUCCACCAUGCCCUCUGAUGGCAGCAAGAGUGAGAAGCUGCCUUCCAGGGUGGCGGCUCUGCCCUCUGUGGGCAAGAGGGACUGUGUCAGGGGCAGCUUGGCCACCAGCGGUCAGGAGGGCCACACGGCCCCCGGGGAAGCACGCAAGACAGCCUUGCCUGGAGAGCCGAGCGCCGGGGAGGAGAGCAGCUCCGACUCAGAGCCCGGCUCAGCCUCACCGCCCGGCGCCGCACAAAACCCAUCUGUGUCUGUCCAGACCAGCCAGGACUGGAAGCCCACCCGCAGCCUCAUUGAGCACGUCUUUGUCACCGAUGUCACUGCCAACCUCAUCACGGUCACCGUGAAGGAGUCUCCCACCAGCGUGGGCUUCUUCAACCUGAGACAUUACUGAUGCCCUGCGGCGGCCUGGCUCUUGCCUGCCCUUCUCUGGCCUCUGGUUUUACUUUGAUAACUGCCCUGCACCCCCAAGCCCUUUCUGGGGUCCGGGUGGCCUCCUUCCGGGGCAGGCUUGGAGGGGACUUGCUCUGGCCCUGCCUGUGAUUUCAGGCAGGGCAGUAUCUCGAUGCCUUGCCAAGGCCUGGCCUUGCCCUCGUUCCUACCUCGGGGCCUUUGCUUCACUUCCCACAUGCCUCAGGACGUCUGCCUUCCCGUGUCUCUGGCCGAACGUUCCUCAAGGCCGCCCCCAGUUUACUGUUUGAACUGCCCUGCCUGUGACGACAGGGUGGGGGGUCAGCUUUCCUCUGCAUAUCCGGGGGACACAGCUGUUCGAGGAGGGACCCAGCUCGGUAGUUCCUGCCCAGUGGUGGGGAGGGGAUGUGGACUGGGCUGAGGGCAAGAUCUUGAGGGACUGCUCCAGGGCUCACCGAGGGGCAGGUAAGGGGCCUCGCCAGCCAGGACUCCCCUUCGGAGUGGUGCCCGACUGGCAAGGACCAGGGGGCCUGUCUGUCUCCCUGUCCCUGCCCCAUGCCAACAGCUCAAGACUGCGGCCUGAAUGUAGGGCAGGUGCUUGCUGUUGGGGUGCUCGGGAACCCUGGUUCACAUUAACAACUGCUCCAGUGUUGGCCAGAAAUCACGAACUGGGAGGGGGCUGGUCCCAGAGCUGUUUCACUAGAGCCUCCCCAUUUCCAGGGGAGCAGAAGCAGAAGGGUGUCACUUUGGCUGCCCUCCUUUCUGCUGUUUGUGCUGUUCUGUGCAGGGACAGCUGUGGCCCCACAAACUGCCCCCAAGAGCCCCUGGAAGGUGGGAGUGUGGGCAGUCGCUGGGGUUAGGCCCACCCUCCGUGGCCUCCAGCCUCCCGGCUUUGGACAGGUGUUUGGCACAGCUCCCACCGUGCCCACCUCUGCCACGGUCGAUGGGCACCUCCUCUCCCUGACAAUCCCUCCCACCUUUGGGGAUUCCACGAGCUCCUUCCCAGCUGCGAAGCCAUGUCCCUGAAUCCUUUGGAAGUGGGGCACGACCUGAAAGGCCAGAUCUGCCUGCCCCCAGACGGGCCGAGUCUGGGAGCUGCCUGGUAUGGCUUGUGGCAGAAAGGUGGGUCAAGGAGUGGGGUCACCAGGUCUUUGUGAUGCCAAAAGAAAAGUGGAGGUGCAGGGUCCUGUUCUGCCUCAGUGGUUGGUGAAAGCCAGCCAACCCGUGUGGGCUCUCCCUCUGUCCUGUUGCCUUGAUCACGGAGGAGCCCAGGCUUACGCGGUAAGCUCUGCUUUCUGAGGGGUGGGCCUGCCAGACCUCCAGCUCCCUCGACCCUCACCCUCCGCGCCAAAUAGAGAUGGCUUUUGUGUGUCUGAAUCAGUUUCAACAGUGUGCCUUUGGGGACAGACCCGUGUCCAGGACCUUGCUAAGGGGUAUCCACAUGUGGCUCCUGGGUCACCUGCGUGGUGGCCGUUGUGGGCUGCAGCGGGAGUGGUGCCCAUCUUGGCAGAUCUGAGAGCUCAGCAUCCCAGACAACCAGGCUAGAACUGGAAAGCGGGCAGCAAAGGGGAGAAUUGACCCCCCCACGCUCUGCCCCCCAGGAGGCGGGGGGUGGGGGUGGGGAAGAGAUUGCAGCUCACUGCACAGUCUGGAAGUCUGGAAGAAAGGGAUCCCAGCACACUGGGCUGCUGACACCAGCUUCCCCUCCAGUCCCUGGACACCCGGAUGUUCCCUGGCUAUGACUAGAGGGGCUCCUCUGGGCUGCCUUCCCCUCAGAGGGGCUGAUGGCCUCCAGGCUCUGAACCUCCCUUUCUGCCAGGCACCGGGCUGCCUUAGAGGCUGCAGAGCCAGGCCUCCAGCAGCUGUCUGAGCCCUUAGGGCCCAACCCUGGGCUUCGGUGCGCUGCUGGACAAAUGCAUGCCAGCACUGACCUGACAUUCUCGACAGCCGGGUCUCCAAACCCCGACGUGGUGCCUUCCUGUUUACCAGCUACUUCAAUCCCAAAGUUGACUGCAAACACCUUACUCCCAGCCACUUUGCCUUCUUGCUGUGUUGUGUGGUUUCCUUGGUGCUUGUGACUCCAUGUGGUUCAUGUUUAAAAGGGUGUGUGCGUGCGUGUGUGUGUGUGCGUGCACACACGUGCAGGCGUGACCGCCUCCGCUGGAGAGUUGAUUGUCAUGUUUACCAAUAAAAGUAGUACUCUUUUA